CUCGGCUCAAGUCUAGGUCCAGCUCGAGCUCGGCUCAUCAACAGGCACACACAAAGCACACUUGCGGAUUCGUCGCCCAUACAAACUGGAGAAAAGGGCCUCUUCCCAAAUCCGUAGGCAAACCGAAACCCCCCGAAUCCAAAUCCGCCAAUCUCUCGCCGCGGACGCCGUCCUAUGGCCAGCAAACGAGUUGGCCCCGGUCAGCCGGUGCCCGAUGCCGGCGGCGGAGGCGACAAAUCGGUGCUGAAACGAUGCAUCAUUGGGUUCUACACAAGGGCGAUUGAGCGCCUCCCGGUGGAAGAGAAGCCGGCGCUGCUGGCCGCCAUCCUCGACGGCGGUUUGUGCUUCGGCCCCCUGGAUCCCGUCUCCAACAUCGUCGCCAACGCCAUCUGGCACCUCAGCACCGGUGAGGAUUCUAGCGAACAUGUGGAGGAGGUUGAGAUGCGGCAGUGCUUGAAGACGAUGGCGCGGGGGUCUCUCAAAGCCCUCGUGGGGUUCAUGACCUCCUACUUCCGCUAUCUGCCCACUAUGGAGGCGAUGCACUUCCUGCGCGCCGCCGAGGGGGACCUCCUCGCCGCCGUCCACCUCGUGGAGGCAGAACGUUGCACGAGCGCGUUCGACAUCGGCUCCUGCACCACCAAGACCGCCCUCCGGUGCGCCGCAGGGGCCUCGGGUCACCCCGACCCGGACAGAUUGGCCACGGCGAUGCUCUCGCUCUCUUCCAAAGCCCACAAGAUCGCCCAUCUCUUGUCUAGGAAGGGUCGUCUCACCUGCUCAGACGUGGACCACCUCAGCUACCUUCUCCUAGAAGAAGGAACCAAUGACCAAAUUUGUACUCAACAACUGAUGGCUCUUGUGCCUCCAAGGUUGCCACCCGAGCUCGCCGACGCUGCCGCCACCUUCUCCCCACUCGCCCCGCAAGGUGUCACCGUCAAGGACGAGAGAACACUCGAACGAUGCACCAAGUCUCUGCAAUGCGUGCUCGUCGACAAAAUCCACGGCUUCUACCUCGAGGCACUCGCUCUCCUACCUCAACACCUUCUCCGCGGCCGUUACCACCGCAGCGUUGUCAUGGCCGGCCACUGCUACGGCCCACUCGACCCCGUCUCCAACAUCAUCCUCAACACCAUCUGGUACGACGCCGCGUUCCCGGUCCCCAAGGAGCAGCACCUAGACUUGGACAUGAUUGGCAGGUGGGCGCUGGUCCGUGCUGAGCGCUAUUCCGUUGCUGGCCUCGUCGCUGGCCUCAUUGCCUUUGCCGGGGACUACAACCUCUCUGAACUCCAAGCCAUCAGGUGCCUCCUCUACGCCAACGGGGACUUUGCCACUGCCAUGAGCGUACUGCAGCAAGCACUCCUGAACCAAGAACGUACAAUGCUGUCUGACUCCGAGCUGUGCCGCUUCAUGGAUGUUAUGGCUAAGCGCUUGCAGCUGUACAGCGUGAUGGCCAUUGCUGCUCAGCACCCGAGCGCUGAUGGACUACAAGAGUUCCUCAUAUCUGAGCGCACUCGUGCUAUGCUGCCGAUGGAGUAUCGCAGAUUCUCCCGAGAGGAUGUGCAUUCCGUCAUCGAGUCACUGUUACAUGAACCACCACCGUCACUUGGGAUGCCACCGGAGCUGGUACGUUUGAGCCUGGCGGCAGAACGGACCAUUGACCAGUUCCCUGAUGCUACCAAGCGCUUCUGGGCUGACAUGAGCUCUUUCCACAGCAAGGCGAAGGCCGCAUUGGAAAGCUAUGUUCUGGAGAACGGGGGCCCUCAGUAUGUGAUCCAUGUCAUCUGUGGUGCGAACGAAAGUGUCGCGGACCGCAAUGGCCCAGAGCUUAGCAGGAUUAACUGGCCAAGAUCGCACAACAAAUUUCACUAUUCCCACAUUAACUUCUUGGCGAGCCCUACUGGGCCAAGUGCUGUGGGUGUGUUGCCAACCCUUUUCUUUGCAGAGUGCGUAAAUCACAAUGAAGAAAGCGACCGUGCCAGGAAGAACAAUUGCUACCCUGUUGUCGUGCCACCAACAAAUGCUGAGAAGGUCCGGUGCUUCUACUGUGAGUAUAAAGGCAUUAAUAUCAUUCACCCGGCUGAUGGGAACUACCAUGGGUGCGACACAGACUUCGAGAAGAUGGCACGCCGGAAGCACGUUUUGACCAAUAGCAUCGAGAGCGUCUUCAACAAUGGCCUCUUGGUCUCUAAUUUCAGGGGUGCGGUGCAAGAAGAUUUCUUCUACUUUGACCAUGCCAGGGACCAUGCCAAGGGGCCAUCAUCUUGUUCAGAUGGUUAAAAAUUCAUCACAACAUCAGACGUGGUCGCGUCCUAGUUGCUAGUUUAAUCUGUUUGUUGUUUAUGAUUAAUGAUGAUGCUUGCGCAACUGAGUAGCCCAAAUUAGCAGGCAGCGACUAAUUAACUUUGACUCUUAUUUAUGGUCACUGGUGUAGGUCUGAUGGCAGCAUUUUAAGUUUGUGUUGAUACUGAAAUAUUGGAUGUGUUUUUCUAAAUGUCGCAUGCUGGCUACUCUGAAAUUUCAGCUGUUUCUAUUUUUCUGUUUA